CAGCCGACUCAUUCAAAGCUCCGACUUCGUUGCGUGCACACAGAGUCUCUGCCUCGAGAUCUAGUGGAACAUUACGACUGUGGAUUACGCGAGUUAACUACCUACAUAUACACUUUGAGUACCCCCAAACAAAAACUAAUACCAAAAAUGGUUCUGGAGAUGGAGAUGUCCAAGACGUAUCAGUACCGCAAGGUGAUGAAGCCCAUGCUGGAGAGGAAGCGUCGUGCCAGGAUCAACAAGUGCCUGGACGAACUGAAGGACAUCAUGGUGGAGUGCCUCACGCAGGAGGGCGAACACAUUACCCGGCUGGAGAAGGCCGACAUCCUGGAACUCACCGUGGAGCACAUGAAGAAGCUGCGGGCCCAGAAGCAACUGCGUCUCUCCAGUGUCUCCAGUGGAUCUUCGAGUGCCCAAGAUCCCAAGCUCAGCAUUGCCGAGAGUUUCCGUGCGGGUUAUGUCCAUGCCGCCAAUGAGGUCUCCAAAACUUUGGCUGCCGUUCCCGGAGUGAGUGUGGAUCUCGGAACCCAGCUUAUGAGUCACCUGGGCCAUCGCCUCAACUACUUGCAAGUGGUGGUGCCCUCGCUGCCCAUUGGAAUGCCACUCCAGGCGCCAGUAGAGGAUCAGGCUAUGGUCACGCCACCACCCUCGGAAUGCGGCAGUUUGGAGAGCGGUGCCUGCAGCCCGGCGCCCAGUGAGGCCAGUUCCACCUCCGGGCCUAUGUGGCGGCCCUGGUGAUCACUGGACUCCAGCUGAUCUUUAUCUGGAUCGCCUUCAAGCGGAAGGCUUCUACAAAUCGUCGCUCCAAAAGGUGCUGGAAUCGAAACCGCACCAUCUUCUUUGGAGCCCAGCAGCUGCUGACCAGGAUUUGCUUUUCCGGCAGCCCAGCAGAAGUCCCAAUCUCUAGCAGAGCCUUAAAUUCCGGCUAUAGAGUGCGGAGGUUUCUCGAAGAAAUGUAAAGAAAUCAUCUACUACAACUGAAACUGAAAUCAAAAUAAAUGACAUUCCAACUUAA